CAGGCGAAAUGAAGAGUGAAAUCAGCUGAACCUUGGCUUGUGCGAUGUACAGAGCGAGUGUGUUGCAAAGGUCGUUUCAUCACGGUAAAAAAUUCUGCAUAACCCAUAUAUGCAUAUCAGCGGCGCGGUUGAAUAUACGCCCGUGUAGCACGUCAAACGUGAUAAGGCUAGUAGGAUCAGACGUCAUGGAAGUUCAAGAGCUGAACGGCAAGGCGCCUGUGGCACUACCGUUAGAAAAGUAUGAUAAAGAUGAAACGAUUCGUCUUAGAAGCAAGUUAAUAGGGCCGUCGUGCAAACUAUUCUUCAAGAAUAACCCAAUCAAGAUUGUACGAGCGAAGGAUCAGUACAUGUAUGACGAGCAGGGAAACAGCUAUCUGGAUUGCAUCAACAAUGUCGCGUCAGUGGGGCACUGUCACCCGGCAGUCGUGCGCGCCGGCGCCGCACAGAUGGCGACACUGAGCACGAACAGCCGCUUUCUGCACGACAACAUCCUGUCGUUCGCUCACACGAUCAACGAGACAAUGCCGCCCAACCUCUCCGUCUGGCUUACAGGCCAGUCAACUGCCUGGGCUGAAGGACGACGACCGCCAUCGCUGCCAUUUCUUGCUGUGUGUUUUUGGGGGGAUUGGUUGAAGUGCGACAGCUUUGGAGUGGCCAGUGCCUACCACGGUCAUAUCUCAACGCUGAUCGAGAUCAGUCCCUACAAAUUCAAGGCUCCAGGCUCGAAGGUCACGCAACCAGACUACGUGCACAUCGCCGACGUCCCUGACAACUAUCGCGGUCGUUACCGCAACGACGUGCACACCGAGGAGGAGCUGGCUGACCUCUACGCGGAUGAGGUCAAGGUCAUCAUUGAGCGGCUGGCCGAGAAAGGUCAGGGCGUCUGCGCGUACAUCGCAGAGUCGAUGCAGAGCUGCGGCGGUCAGAUCGUCAUGCCGCCGGGCUACAUGGAGAAAGUCUUCAAGUACGUACACGAUGCGGGCGGAGUCUGCAUUGCAGACGAGGUGCAGGUGGGAUGUGGACGCGUCGGUGAAGCCAUGUGGGGAUUCCAGAUGUACGGUGAGUGCAGGCAGACGCCACCGUCACCAUGGUGUGUUUGA